AUCAUUGUCAUAUACACAUCUUCUGGAUUUUUUAGCUUGAAAAAAAAAAUGAGCACCAAACCUGAUAUGAUUCAAAAGUGUUUGUGGCUUGAGUUCCUUAUGGGUAUGUUCAUUGCUGGCACCCUAUCCCUGGACUGUAACUUACUGAACGUUCACCUGAGAAGAGUCACCUGGCAAAAUCUGAGACAUCUGAGUAGUAUGAGCAAUUCAUUUCCUGUAGAAUGUCUACGAGAAAACAUAGCUUUUGAGUUGCCCCAAGAGUUUCUGCAGGACACCCAACCUAUGAAGAGGGACAUCAAGAAGGCCUUCUAUGAAAUGUCCCUACAGGCCUUCAACAUCUUCAGCCAACACACCUUCAAAUAUUGGAAAGAGAGACACCUCAAACAAAUCCAAAUAGGACUUGAUCAGCAAGCAGAGUACCUGAACCAAUGCUUGGAGGAAGACGAGAAUGAAAAUGAAGACAUGAAAGAAAUGAAAGAGAAUGAGAUGAAACCCUCAGAAGCCAGGGUCCCCCAGCUAAGCAGCCUGGAACUGAGGAGAUAUUUCCACAGGAUAGACAAUUUCCUGAAAGAAAAGAAAUACAGUGACUGUGCCUGGGAGAUUGUCCGAGUGGAAAUCAGAAGAUGUUUGUACUACUUUUACAAAUUUACAGCUCUAUUCAGGAGGAAAUAAGGUAUAUUUUUGGAAUUAAAAUUCCUUUUCCCUCCGAAAUCUCUUUCUCCUU